GAACUGUGUAUUCGCAUGACUCGUGGUGUGUGUAUAUGUGUGUACAAGUGUGUGAAAACUGACUAUAUGUGGAUGACUGAAGCUAACGUCUGACACCGGGAGGUCAGAAACGCUGAGGAAUAACGGGUCAGCCGGUGGAAGUGUGAUUCUCUCCGAAAUAAGCUACAGUUUUCUCAUGACACACCGAGAGAAGAAGCUCUGUAAAUAAAAGAUUUGUCAACGGAACUUGUCAAGGACUAAAGAUAAAGAUAACCACACAAGAAAGGGGUAUUUUCGGCAAUCGUAAUAUGAAAAAGGAGCAGGCCGAAACAUUAGGUUUUUUCCCUCAAAAAGACAUUGUCUACAACAAACUCCUUCCUUAUGCUGAGAAACUAGACGCUGAAUCCAAUGACAUUUUGUCCAGAAUCAAAGGGAACUUGGGUCGCGCUAUCCAACUCAGAGAGUUAUGGCCCGGAGUUUUGUUUUGGACAAGGAAACUCUCAACGUACCUUCGUCUUUAUGGGAGAAAGUUCAGCAAAGAGGACCAUGUGCUCUUUGUUAAGCUCUUGUAUGAGCUUGUCACCAUCCCUCAGCUGGAAAUCAGCAUGUUGCAGGGCUUUGCUCGACUCCUAAUCACCUUACUCAAAAAAAAAGAACUGCUCUCACAGGAUGACCUCGAGUUGACUUGGAGGCCUUUGUAUGAGCUGUAUGAGAAGAUCCUUUACUCCAAAACUGAACAUCUUGGUCUCAACUGGUUUCCAAACUCUGUGGAGAAUGUGCUGAAAACCCUGGUGAAGAGUUGCAGAUUGUAUUUCCCAGAGUCAGCAACGCAGGAGAUGUUGGAUGAGUGGCGCCCACUGUUAUGCCCAUUUGAUGUCACUAUGCAGAAAGCCAUCAGCUACUUUGAGCUCUUUCUCCCCACCAUCAUGCCUCCAGAGAAGCACCACAAAGGCUUCAAGUUAUGGUUUGAUGAAAUGAUGGGUCUGUGGGUAUCUGUACAAAAUCUACCUAGCUGGGAAGGGAAUCUUGUGAAUCUUUUUGCCCGUUUGGCCAAUGACAACAUUGGCUACAUCAACUGGGAUCCUUAUAUCCCCAAGAUUUUCACCAGAAUUUUGCGAAGCUUCAACUUGCCUGUAGGCACAAGUCAGAUGGUGGUUCCUAAGUACCUCACAAACUCUUAUGACAUCGGCCAUGUUGUCCUCUGGAUCUCUGCCAUGCUGGGAGGUGUUCAGAACCAGGCCCAGAAGCAGCUCAAUGGCCUUUUCAACAGCAUUGCCUCCUUCUACCACCCUUCCAACAAUGGCCGCUGGCUGGUGAAGCUGAUGAAGCUUUUGCAGCGUUUGCCAGCAAGUGUGGUUAGGCGGCUGCAUCGUGAGCGCUAUAAGAAACCUUGCUGGAUCACUCCAAUACACUUCAGCCAUCGUCUUACUGAUGACAACAUCACUGAGUUUGUGGAGAGCAUGAAACAGCCUGUUCUGAUGGCCAUGUUCAGUAAGACAGGCAGCAUGGAUGCAGCACAAGCACUGCAGAAUCUAGCUCUGAUGAGACCAGAGCUGGUCAUUCCUCCUGUGCUGGAAAAGACAUACCCUGCCAUGGAGACCUUAACAGAACCACACCAGCUGACUGCUACACUCAGCUGUAUGAUCGGCAUGGCUCGCAGCCUGGUCGGUGGUGGGCGACACUACCCAGAAGGCCCUGCUCAUGUGCUGCCACUGCUGAUGAGGGCUCUGCCUGGCGUAGACCCCAACGAUUUCAGCAAGUGCAUGAUAACAUUCCAGUUCAUUGCUACCUUUACUACCCUUGUGCCUUUAGUGGACUGUUCCUCUGCCCUCCAUGAGCAGAAUGACUUGACAGAGAUAGAGAGAGAGUUGUGCUCAGCCUCAGCCGAGUUUGAGGACUUUGUCUUGCAGUUUAUGGAUAGGUGCUUUGCACUGAUUGAGAGCAGUACUCUAGAGCAGACACGAGAAGAGACAGAGACCGAAAAAAUGACUCACUUGGAGAGUCUAGUGGAGCUCGGCCUGUCCUCCACCUUCAGCACCAUCCUCACUCAGUGCUCCAUAGAAAUAUUCAAGGUGGCUCUUGAGAAAGUGUAUAACUUUGCCACUACCAACAUCUUUGAGACACGUGUGGCAGGUCGAAUGGUGGCAGACAUGUGCAGAGCAGCAGCUAAGUGUCAUCCGGCUGAGUCCCUGAGACUGUUUGUGCCCCACUGCUGCAAUGCUAUCAGUCACAUCACUGCUAAUGAGGAUGUUUUGAAUGAAGAGGAGCUGGAUAAGGAGCUGCUGUGGAACCUCCAGCUGCUUUCUGAGGUGACCCGUGUGGAUGGAGAGAAGCUGUUGCCAUACAGUACACAGUUGGUGCAGAUCCUGCAGCUGACACUGCGGCUCCGCUGUAAGCAGGGCUACAGUCUGGCCUGCAACCUAUUGCAUCAUGUCCUGCGCUCCAUGGCCCUUACCUACCCCACAGAUUACUGCAGCGUGCCUGGUGGCUUUAACAGGCCACUCAGCGAGUAUAUGCCUAUCAAGGACUGGGGCCGUUCAGGAGACCUAUGGAACCUGCAGAUCCAUUGGCAUGUGGCUAGUGCGGAGGAGAAAGCCUUUAUCUUCUAUAUAUUAGACCUUCUACUCCAGCCAGAGCUGCAACGCUUGCAAAGAUAUGCCCAGGGCGAGCAGAACAUGAGCAGAGAUGAUGUGCUACAGAGCCUGUCAAUUGUGCAGCACUGCUUGCUGGGGGCUGGCUGCAUGUUGCCCCCUGUGGAUGGAUCCCCUGUUACUGGCCUAGUUAAUAGCAUGGUUUGUCUGGAGGAGACAAAGUACUAUGUUGGGGUUGAAUAUGAUGAGUCCAGAGAGAACUACAGAGAGGCUAUCUAUAAAGUUAUGAGACAGCUACUACAUUACAUUCUGGAACAAUCAGAGGAUGACACGAAGUCCCUCUUUGCCAUCAUCAAGAUCAUCAAUGACCUCAUGCAUUUUAAAGGCUCCCACAAGCAUGAGUUUGACUCUCGUUGGAAGAGUUUCACUUUGGUUAAGAAAUCUAUGGAGAACCGACUGCAUGGAAAAAAGCAGCACAUACGAGCCCUACUCAUAGACCGAGUACUUCUGCAACAUGAGAUGCGUAAACUUCUAGUGGAUGGCUGUGAAUACAGAACUGUUCACCAGGAUCUGCUCAGAGACCUUCUGCGUCUGUCCACCAGCACCUACAGUCAAGUCCGCAGUAAGGCUCAAAGUGUUUUGUUCACUGCUCUGGGAACUUAUAACUUCUGCUGUCGAGACAUCACUCCUCAAGUGCUGGAGCUGCUAGAGCCAAACCGGACCAAUGUCACCCAGCAGCAGUUUAAGGGUGCUCUGUACUGUCUGUUGGGGAAUCAUGGAGGUGUUUGUCUGGCUAACCUGCAUGACUGGGACUGCAUUACUGUGACAUGGUCAGCACUAGUGCGCUCAGGCCUCAGUCCUGCCAUGUCCCUGGAGAAACCCUCCAUUGUCAGGCUUUUUGAUGACCUUGCAGAUAAAGUCCAUCGCCAGUACGAGACAAUUGGCAUUGACUUCUCCGUCCCUCAGAACACGGUGGAUCUUGGCUGCAAGAUCAUAAAAUCAGGUAGCCCUGUGGCUCAGAAGAGUCCUUUAUCAGAACAGGAGCUGGAGCAGGGACUUGCCUUGGAGCGAGCCAGAAAUCUGGAAGCUGUGCGGAAUUAUGAAAAGCUGGUUCAUGAUCUGUUAGACUGCCUCAGUGCCAGAGACCUACCAUGGAAGUUUGAGCACAUGGCCAUUGGCUUUCUUUCUCUGCUGCUGAGAGAUGAUUACCCUCUUCCUGCCCGAGCUGUUCGCUUCUUUGUCCAAAGUCUCAAUCAUGAUGCACUUGUUGUGCGCAAGGUAGCAAUAUCUGCUGUAGCAGGAAUCCUCAAGCAGCUGAAGAGGCCCCGCACAAAAGUGGCCAUCACACCCAGUGACAUCAGUGGAGUGAUGGAGCCAAAGGAACUAGUAGCUGGAGACAGGCCAGGAAAUGACUGGCUUCAGUAUCAUGCUGAUCACUUACCCCUCACCCAGCAGGACUGGAACAACUUCCGUUUUGUGGAGAAGACUCACUGGGGUUACUACUGUUGGCCAAAAAAGUUAAUGUUAUAUGCUCCUCUGGAGCAGCAGCUGAAAGACCUCAGACCAGAGGAGAUGAAUGAGAGUGAACGAAUCAUCUAUGACCAUUUCUCCAACCCUGUGUUCAUCAAUCAGCUCAUUGAGUUUUUGUCACUUGAGGACCGCAAGGGAAAAGACAAAUUCAACCCACGUCGCUUCUGCCUCUUUAAGGGUCUAUUUAGGAACUACAGUGAUGCCUUCCUGCCAGUGCUUAAACCUCACAUGGAGCGUUUGGCAGGUGAUUCCCAUGAGAGUACACAACGGUGUGUGGCUGAGAUCAUUGCUGGCUUAGUGAGAGGCAGCAAGCACUGGAGCUUUAGUCAGGUGGAGGACCUGUGGCAAUUCCUGAUUCCUUUGAUGAGAAGAGCACUUUCCAACAUCACAGUGGAAACCUACACUGACUGGGGCACAUGUGUAGCUACUGCCUGUGAGAGCAGGGACCCACGGAAACUUCACUGGCUGCUAGAGAUGCUGAUGGAAUGUCCUCUUAGUGGAGAAGGAGGGUCCUUUGUAGAUGCCUGUCGUCUGUACGUCCUGCAGGGGGGUCUGGCUCAGCAGGAGUGGAGGGUGCCGGAGCUGCUGCACAGACUUCUGACCUACUUGGAGCCCAAACUCACUCAGGUGUACAAAAAUGUACGAGAGCGUAUUGGCAGUGUGCUGACGUACAUUUUCAUGAUUGAUGUCAGUCUGCCAAACACACUACCCACAAAGUCCCCUCACAUCACUGAGUUCACAGAAAGGAUAAUGGCUUGCCUGAAACCACUGCUGGAAGGAGAAGAGGAGAUCCAGAACCAUGUAGUGGAAGAAAAUGGAGUGGGUGAGCAGGAUGAAAGAACUCAGGCCAUCAAACUUCUCAAAACCGUACUGAAGUGGCUGAUGGCCAGUGCUGGACGUUCCUUCACCACUCCAGUAGCUCAGCAGCUCCAGCUCCUGCCUUUGCUUUUUAAGAUUGCUCCUGUAGAGAAUGAUGACAGCUAUGAUGAACUGAAGAGGGAUGCGAAGACCUGCUUGUCUCUCAUGUCUCAGGGCCUCCUCUAUCCAGAGCAGAUUCCUCUGGUACUCAGCGUGCUGAACGAAAUUGCAGGGAGCAGCUCAUGGCAUGCCCGCUAUUCUGUGCUCACCUAUCUACAAAUAAUGGUGUUCUACAACCUGUUCACAAUUCUAAGCAAUGAACAAGCAGUCCAAAGCGUGCGAGCCCUUGUCAUCAGGCUACUGGAGGAUGAGCAGCUAGAGGUGAGAGAAAUGGCAGCCACUACUCUGAGUGGUUUCCUGCAGUGUAACUUCUUGACCAUGGACAUGUCCAUGCAGACCUAUUUUGAGGCUCUAUGCAAAACCAGACUGCCUAAGAAGAGGAAGAGAGACUUGGGCUCUGUUGUGGACACCAUACCCUCAGUUGAUUUAGUGCGGCGCCAUGCUGGAGUGCUGGGUCUUAGUGCCUGCGUUCUGUCCAGCCCUUAUGAUGUGCCCACCUGGAUGCCCCAGUUGCUCAUGGACCUCAGUGCCCACCUCAACGACACGCAACCUAUUGAGAUGACGGUGAAAAAGACUCUGUCUAAUUUCCGUCGGACUCACCAUGAUAAUUGGGUGGAGCACAAGCAGCAGUUCACAGAUGACCAGCUAGUGGUGCUCACAGACCUGCUUGUGUCACCAUGCUACUACGCCUAGACAGGACCGACCUCCUGUGGAUCUGACCUCCCACUCAAGCCAUUCUUCCAGCCAUUUAUAUCUGGUCUCUUCAGAAGGUGUGAGGACAGGUUCAGAUAUGGAAAUUUUAAGAAAAUCAGUUUAGUCAUUUAAUUAUGGCUACAUUCACACUACAGGUAAAAGUGAUCCAUUUCCUAUUUCUGUUCAUGUCCCACAUUUUUCACAACACUGAAUCUGCCUACCUUUCUUAUUUAUACAACAUGUGUGUGGCAAUGCAAUGUCAGUGUGUAGAUUCAUGGAAUUACUACAUCAAUCCAACUAGCCUUUAGUCGGGCCUUGAGAAUCUAUUGAAAAUUCAAUGACUGAGGAAGUCGUCCUUGGCACCAUGGUAUUCUGCAGGAUAUUUGUGCCUGAAUGGAUAUUACAGUUCUACCACUGUGGUCUCACGUUUCUUUCCACUGACGUAGCCACCAUGAUUUCAGAGAUGAUUUUUUUUUUUUUUUUCAUUUAAUCUAGGCCCACUUUUGUGCAUUUGCAGUUAGAGAAAUGAGUUUUGUAGCUGGCAUUGACAGUACAUUAAUGUCAAAAAUAGCUUCAGGUUAGUAGUUACUAUUGCCACUUGGCUGGAUCCCUGGAGGAUUUUCAUUCUUUCACGUAUACAGGAGUAGCAAUGGCGGCCAAGAAAUUUCAUGUGAACAGUAAAUCUGAAAUGAGCACUUAAGCUUAGAGUGUGAAUGUAGUCCACUUUUAAUCAGCAGCCUUUAGAUUGACGCUUUCUUGAUCGAGGCCAAAUGAAGUCUAAAGGUGGCCACUGAGAGAGCUCUUGAGAUCCCCCUGUGUAUGGUAUGGUGAAACUGAGGCCCUUUAAAAACCAGCACCACCAGACAUACCAGUUUGUGCUACUGUAAUAUGUGAUUUUCAGUAGCUCUGUCCUGUCUGAUGGGGAUCUGACUCGGUUCACAUGCCAUCAUAAUAAUGUUUGUCUCAUUCUUGUAUUUAUAUUUGUGUAUGUAUGUAUAUAUACUGUACAUAUGCACAUAUCUAUGCAUAAUGUAAUUCUUUUAAUAAGAUUUACAUGUCAAGUCUACUGGAAAAGAACAGUUUUGCCAGAUUCAAAUGAAGCACCAGUCAUGAGUGAAUGGAAUUAUGUGCGAGAUGAAAACAUUUGAAGUACAUGUGGAUGUUUGUGUUUGAGUGCGUGUGUUUUUGCGCACAUGUUCAUAG